AUGGACGAGCAGAUUGCCGAUUACGUUGUCGUGGGCGGUGGCCUUACGGGAUGCGUUGUGGCGUCGCGUCUCAGCCAGAACGGCAAGAGCGUCAUCCUGCUCGAGGCAGGGCCCGACGCAACCAGCAACCCUGCGACUGCCUUCUUUCUGACGAGUCUCCCGCUUCAGGGUGGUGAGCUCGACUACGCCUACCCAAGUGAGCCUGUCCCGAGUACAGCCGGUCGCGUGCACCCCCUCAGCGCUGGAAAAGCCCUGGGUGGAGGUACCCUGAUCAACUUUGGAGGCUGGCUUCGAGGAGACGCUGCCGACUACGACGAGUGGGCCGAGCUGGCCGGCGACGACCGCUGGAGCUACCAAGGCCUCAAGCCCUGGUUCGUCAAGUCGGAGAAGUUCUAUGACUCCAAUGCAGACCCGCAGGAACAUGGCUUCGACGGACCCAUGUAUGUCACUUCGAUCGCUGGCGCCGAGGGCGGACAACGCAAGUACCCCCUUCGAGACACCGUCUUGAAGGCAUGGGCCGAGCUUGGUGUCUCCCACAACGUGGACCGGAAGAACGGUGCCAGCGUGGGCGUGAAUGAGAUUCAUGAGAACUGCGACAGCGAGGGCAAGCGGCAAGCGGCCAACGUGGUCUAUCCGCUCAAUAAGGCCACUGUUCUUACCGAUGCCUUCGUGCAUAGAGUAAUCUUUGAUGGUACCAACAGAGCAACGGGGAUUGAGCUAGUCGACGGCCGCAAGGUUACCGCCCGAAAGGAGGUCAUCCUCUCGGCCGGGGCGUACCAGACUCCCAAGAUCCUCAUGCUCUCAGGUGUCGGCCCAUCAGCCGAACUUGCUGAGCACGGUAUCCAUCUCAUCCACGAAUCCCCCUACGUCGGUCAAAACCUACACGACCAUUACGCCCUCCACCUCGCCUAUCGUCUAUGCGACCCUUCACUCGGGUACGCCUUCGGCGGCGCGGGUUUCCAAGACCCUGCCUUCUUCAAGGGUCUCCCAUGGGACUGGAUUGCCAACCGUCCCCUCCCAGACGACAUUCUCACCAAGCACAAGAACGAGACCAAAACUGGCUGGGAGAACCGAAACGUCUACGAAGUCAUGACUGCGUAUGUAGUGCCGGGCAUCCCGGGCAUCCCCGUCGAUGGCACUCAUAUCUCCACGUCGACAAUGCUGCUCCUGCCGACGUCCCGGGGUACGGUUAAGCUCCGGUCCAGCUCACCGGCGGAUCUCCCGCGCAUCCAGCCCAACUACCUCUCGACCCAGCAUGACCGCGAAGCUAUGGUUGACGGUACUCGCACAGCCCUGAAGCUUCUGACGGCAACUGAAAACCUGAAAACCGUUGUCGAGAGCGAAGCGCCGCCUGUCAAGGAAGGCCUGGAGGGGCUGGCGCCGCUGACUGUCGAUACGAGUGACGAUGUGAUCUUGGACAGGCUCCAACGCACCGGGGAGCAGCACCAGCACUCGGGCGGUACUGCGGCCAUGGGCAAGGUGGUCGAUGGGGAAGGCAAGGUACUUGGCGUCACGGGGCUGAGGGUUGCCGAUGCGAGCAUCGUGCCAGUCCCCCUGGGUGGUCACCCCCAGGCUUCGCUCUACGCCAUGGCCGAGCAGCUCGCCAGUAUGAUUCUUGCACAUUCUUGA